GGUCCACAGGUCGCGCUGAGGUCGCAGAGAAUUCGAACAGCUGGAAUCCUUUCGCGCCAAGAGCGGACCCUUCGGCCUCGGGUAUCGCUGCGUUAUCAACCAACAGGAUGCGUUCCUCGCCAGUCCUCUCGGGCCAGACGGCGCCCUGAGGAUGAGAGGGUGGCUGCUGAACUGGAACCGCCUUGUCUUUCAUCUGACAGGUUGCCUAGAGGUCCCUGUGACUUAGAUCCUAAUUCAGAGAUGGCGCUACAAGGCUCAUCUUCCACUGUCUCUGAGCAGCAGCUGCACAAGGAGGAGAGACUGAGCAAUACCCAAGCAGACUUGGCUAAGCAGAGUCUCAUCUCCUCCGAGGAAUGGCUUCAGCUGCAUGGACUUAAGAGCAACAAAUUGACCUUGAAACAGAUUUUGUCACAGAUUGGAUUCCCCCAUUGUGAAGAUUAUGUGACUUCUCUGGGGAGACUUGUGUCUUCCCGCUAUGCAGAUGGCCUGUUUCCACGGAUCUACAGAACCGAAGAUGGCAGAGCAUACAAUCUGACAGCCAGAGCAGAGCUGAUCUAUCAGUAUGUGGAACAUUUAACACAAGCUGUGGAGAGCUACAAGCAGCGGAUGGACUGGCUCACCAGCAAAAGCCGGCAGGUUUUUGGUGUCAUUGUGGAACAGAGCAUCACUAUAGUGCUGGAUUUUGGUGGCAUGCUGGAGGAGGAGCUUGAUCUGUGCAGAGAUGCUCUAAUCAUGGUCCUCAAGGAACAGGUGGCUUACAUAGCCAAGUUCAAUAUCAUAUGGGCUUCCCAGGAGCCUGUGAAAUGGCAGGAAAAUGCUGUUCCUGUGACGGCACAGUCCAUAGCUGCUGCCAUCAGCUGGCUUGAGAAGUGGCCUUUUGAGCUGCCUCCGAGCCAGGCCGGCUGUCUGGAUGCUCUGCUGGAAGCUGGGAAAGACACAACCAUUGAAUCCAUUUACUACUUUGUGGUGGGGGACAUUCCAGAGGAGUCCAAGGAGCUUCUCCUUCAGAGGGCUUUGGAGAUCCCACAUCCCAUCUGCACCGUGUCCUUCAAUGCCAGAGGGGAGGGCACCAUAGCUCUCCUAAAGGAUCUGAGUGCCAAGACCCACAGCAGAUUCCAUGCAUUUGCAGAGAGAACAGAGUGUGUGGAAUUUCCUACCUUCCCUGUGAAGGAUGGGGACAGUGUAAUUACUUGGAAUUCAAGGAAACUGAAAGGAAAACUCCCUCCAGGAGCUGAGGUCAGAGAGGAUGUGUUUCUCAUUUGGAGGGAGAUGGAGGAAGCCAGCAGCACAUUGGCCCAGAUUCGGAGGCUGGUGAUCGAGCCUCCCAAGACCGAUGUGACCACAACAGACCAUGGAGCAAAUGGGUCAAAUCCAGAGGAUGCCUGGGACUCUGAGAAGUGGCUGCAGAAAUAUGGUUUGAAAGCCCAGAAGCUGUCAUUUUAUGACGUCAUUGCGGACUGUUCCUUCCGCCAUGCUGAUGGAAUUGUUGAUAUAAAAGCCAAACCAGAGAACGAGUCUGUGCAGACCAGUGCGGAGACCAACAAGAAGACAGUCCAUGCGAAAUACUGCAGCAGAUUUGUCCAUGCCCCCUGGAAGGAUGGGAGCUUGGUCCAUGUCUGCAUUACCAAGGAGAAGUAUACGUGGUACAGUGAGAGAGUUCAUGCAGUCCUGGCUCAGAUCCAAAGGAGGAUUAAAUGGCUACAGGAUGGGAGCCAAGUCCUCUUUGGAAAAGUGCAUAGUGAUUGUGUCUACAUUCUCAUCGACACCUCUCACUCCAUGAAGGGGAAACUGGACCUGGUGAAGAACAAGAUCAUCCAGCUCAUCCAGGAACAGCUGAAAUAUAAAAGGAAAUUCAAUUUUGUGCAGUUUGAUGCUCAAGCUGUGGCUUGGCGGGAAAAGCUUGUUGAAAUCAAUGAAGACAAUCUGAAAGCAGCCCAGGCCUGGGUUAGAGACAUUAAGGUUGGAAGUUCCACAAACACCCUGAAUGCCCUGAAAGUUGCUUUUGCUGAUAAAGAAACACAAGUAAUCUACCUUUUGACAGAUGGGAGACCUGAUCAGCCACCUGAAAUGGUUAUAGAUCAGGUGAAAGUUUUCCAGAAAAUUCCUAUUUACACCAUCUCCUUCUGUUACAAUGAUGAGAUUGCAAAUGGAUUUUUGAAAGAGGUUGCUUCUUUGACUGGAGGAGAGUUCCAUUCUUAUAAUUUUGGCUGCAAGGAUCCCUGCCCUCCAGAGGCUGUUCAGAAUGAAGAUGUGACCCUUCUAAUUAAGGAAAUGGAGCAGGGACGCAGUGACCUGGAGAAGGUGCAAGACCUUUACUCAGAGUCCUUGGUCAUGGACUGGUGGUACAACGGAGAAAAGGAUGGAGACAAGCAUCAAAGAGAAAUCUGUUCUAUGAUUUCAACCCCAGAAAAAUGUGCAAAACCUCAUUCUGAUGUGGAAUCAGCACGAAUGUCGAAAGCACCAGAAGACCGCUCAGAUCAAAAGAUUCAGAAAAAGAAAGUCCUCCAUGCAGAACCAACCAAAACCAGCCUGCUCAGAAGCCGGCUGUCAACCCUCAAGAGCUCCGCUUGCAGAGAGGGGAAAGACGGCCUUUCCAGUUCCAGCUGCUGGAAUACUCCAGAAAAGGGUGUCUUGUUGACAAAUGAAUUUCCAGAUGACAAGAUGAUAGAAAUAUCGACUCAAGAAGUAAGCCAAGUUCAUGACCAAGAUUCUUUAGAGAUGUCUUCAGCAGACUGGCUCGAGAUCCAUGGCUUGGCAGCCAAGAAGCUCACCAUCAUGGAUGCCUUGUCAGUGACGGCUGUCCCUCACAGCCCCACCUACGUCCCCAUUCUGGACAAGCAUGUCGUUUCCAAGGUCUUUGAUGAGGUGUUCCCUGUGGCACAUGUAUGCAAUGGCACAAAUAAGAUGACAUUAAUUAACCCCCAAGGAGUGAAGCUCGAUAUCUACAAGCAAAAAGUGGAACAGGCCAUUAAGUCCUAUGAAAAGCGCUUGAAUAAAAUUGUUUGGCGAGCAUUAUCUCAAGAAGAAAAAAAAAAAUUAGAUGCCAACAAGCCAAUGCGGUACUUGGAAAACAAGGCAGCUUUAAACAAGGCCUUAGAACGGUUGAAUUGGCCCAUUUCACUGAAGGAGCUGUCAGUGCUGGAGAAUGAAAUCCUAGCUGGGAAAAUGUAUGUGCAGCAGGCCAUGGAGCUCCAAGAGGCUGCCAAGAAGGAGAAUUACGUGAGCAAGACCAUGGAAGAGCAACAGAAAAUUCAAGGAGCUCCUACAAAGAAAAACAAACCGAAAAAACUAGAUCCACUCAAAGGCCAGAAGGUUAUUGCACGAUGUGAUGAAAAUGGCUUUUAUUUUCCAGGGGUCGUGAAGAAGUGCGUAAGCCCCACCCAUGCACUCGUGGGCUUCAGGUAUGGAGACACCAAGGUCGUGCCAGUCUCAUUCAUCACGCCUGUCGGGGGUGCCAUGCCCUGCCCACUGCUCCAGGUUGGUGAUUACGUGUUUGCCAAAAUUGUGAUACCCAAAGGCUAUGACUUCUAUGUCCCCGCCAUUGUCAUCGCACUUCCAAAUCAAGAUGUGGCUGAAGAUAAGCUCUACACAGUUUUAAAAUGUAACAAUCGGAGAGAAUUUUGCCCUCGGAGUGCACUUAUUAAGAUCAGCCAAAACAAAUAUGCCCUCUCUUGCUCUCAUAUCAAGUCACCCCCAAUUCAGGAGGAUUCAAAAGUGGAAGACAUGGACACAAAGAACUCUACUUUCCUAAUACGACCGAUCAAGGAAGUUGACACUGGGGAUUUGCAAGAGCUAAAAAAAGAGGACCCUAGAAGGAAGAAAAAGAAGGCUGCCAGGAGGCUCCCUGUCCAGGAGAUGGAAUCCCCCGACUCAGAUGACUCUUCCCAUGGCAACAUGUCCCGAGAGUCCUACCCCGAGAGACACCCCAAGCCCAAAGUGGGAGGGGAACAACAUCAUUUCUUCCUGAACACACAGAAACCUCUCUCAAGGACAGUGUACAUGAAAUCACUCCCCCAUUUCCAGGCCAGUUUAAGCCCCAGUACAGCAAAACCUCUCCCCCGCUUAAGUAAUGCUGACACCCACUUCCCCAGAGAAGGUCCUCCGCCCGGGUCUAGGAGUCAACCAGCCAUGCCAACGCUGCCACACCUCCACCUGAGCAGCCCCGCACCCCCCCAUAAAGCCACCUGCAGCAGCCAAGGGCUGAGGAGCAUCGCCAAGAAACCAGAAAGCAGUCCAGUGGCAACUGUGUUCAAGAGAGCCAGUGUUCAUCCAGGGCUGCCCUCAGCCACCCUACCCUGUGGAACUAGCCCCUCUACAGAGGUAAGGUCACGUGCCCUUCCCUGGUUGUCAUGCAGGUAGAGUUCCCUGCCAUCCUCCAGCUGGAUCCAUUAGAGCCUAUUGGUUCGGGCUUUUCCCGACCAUCCUUUAUCCCAUUCUUUUCCCUGUUCUCACAAAGCUGUGCUCAGUCUUCUGGUAGACCCCCCCCCCCCGCCACAUCCAGAAUUGUUAUCUGACAUAGGAUUACUGCCAUAGGAUUUUCAAUUUUUUUUUUUUUUGGAGUUUGUAGUUCUGGUCUUGAAAUUAUGUAGUUCUAUUGCAAGCCUGCAGUCUUGUUGUUAAUUUGAUUCUCUCAUAUGAAUUAGGGAUUUUAUCAUUUAAUGUUAGGACCAAAAUGAAGACCUAGUAUCUUGUCCAAGAGCUGUAAGACUGAACAUUACGUAGUUUACUGUUUUCUGAAAAUUUUUAUUGAGCCCUCCCUAAUUAUUUUUGUCUGUAGUCUGUUGUAGGUACCUCUAAUUGAGCACGGAACCAGAAUAAAAACUCUUACAUUAGAAACAUUUUAAAACUA